UGAUGGCUUGGAAACUCAAGAGUCACCCACCACAGUAAGCGAGGAUGGGCGCAAAACUUCAUCUGCCAUGGUUGGGAGUCUUUGGGGGUCAUUCACUGGUUCCUUCUUUGAAAAUACGCUUAUUGGUAAACAGCAAUCAGAGGACAUCCCAGGAAGCACAUCGGAAAAAGAUGUCGUUGCCACCCAGCCUCCUCGCAGUAGUACCAGUUUACCAUCACUGAAGUUAGCAAAGAGUCCCGUGUCAACUCAGCCUCGGACUUCUAGCCUCGAAGAGCAGAGAGGAGCUCAGCAGAGUGAAGUCGGAGACAGCGACGAACAGAAGUCAACGGACGAUGGAGAGGGCAGCAGGCAGGAGUGGGGAUGGGGCUGGGAAAGUAGUAUAAUGGUGAUGUCCGGUGAACAGCAGCAGUUGGAAGGGGAAUUUGGCACAUCCCAGGCUGAGCUGGAAGCCAGAGAGGACAGUUUGGCCGAUGACUCCAUAGAUGUAGAGGGUUUUGCCAGGAGCCGCUUGGUCGUGGGCAGCGUAGACAGCGACAGCGGAGGCUUGAUGCGCCAGGAAAGUCAGGGGUCUCUGUGCGGGAGAUCUGUCGACCUGGACGUUCCAUCCUCUAUAUCGGAAGACGUGUUUGAUGGCAGCACGGAGAGCCACAGAAGCAGCGGACUAGAGAGAGGCUGUGACCAAGGGAGUGAAUGUUCCGAAGCUCCUAGAAGGAGUAGUUUGAGUCAUAUCAUAAGGCCAGAAAACUGUGAUCAGAAGGCGUCAAUGUCGCGUGGUAAUUCCGAAGUCGACACACCAGACAGUAUAGUGGUACUUACGUCAGAUGGUAGCUCACCAGAGGGCGAUUCUUCGAGACUCAGCACAGGUAGUACCGACAGAUCGAAGCUGACGGUAAGCCUGCAUCCCGAGAAAAUCACCAGCCCUAUUAGCUCCCCCGAGUCAAUAGAAGUUCUUGGAUCAUCUAGUCUGGUCACGUCACCUUCUUCUAUAGAGGUUUUAAGUGGUGUAUCAUCUAGCGACUCAUCUCCCACACAUCAAGAUUCAUGUAGCAAUACCCUAACCCAAGACCUAAGUCCGACUCCCAGUCACAUUGUCAGCACACAGCCGACGCUACAGACAUCGAAUAAACACGCCGUAGAGGCCCCUGCACUCAGCUCUGCCUUGAUUCAGGAAAAAGUCCAGCAGGAAAUCAGAGGAACUGAUAAGUCUUCCAUAGAUAGAAAGGAGUGGGAGUCUAAGGGGAGUGCGGAAGAGUCCACUACUAGUCAGGGACAGGCUGUGGUGAAGCAGCCCACCCACAGAGAGACGGAGGAACCUGUCUGUUCCUCGAAAGAGGCAGCGAGUCCAAAAGUGCUGGCAGAGAGCAGUCCUGGCAUCAGGGAGGCAGACAGUAAUUCCCGAGCCAGCAGUAGUCUGACUGAGGACACGUCUGCCAGUGAGAGCAUCCACAGCACAUCCACCUCCAGCACCCACACAGUUCUUGAUGCCAGCUUGAUUGCCCAUGAUGCUCAAGUACCCUCAGAGUCAGGGGAAUCAGCACCACCUGAAGGAGGAAACCUGUCUGCAGUGCUUGAUGGAAACAUUGCUGCUGAUGAAACCACCAAGUGUGACAGUGAGGCAUCAGCUGAAGAAAGGAAGGGGGUUGUCGCUGCAACAUCUGGGGCUGUCAGUACUGCAGAUGUCGUUGCAGAAGGAAUGGAAGGAAAUAUUGGAGGGGCAUCUCUUGACAUGUCCGUGGAAAGUGGGGGCAGUUCCGAUACCAUCACAGCCUCUGUGGAUUCAACGCAGAUGUUAUGGUCCAGUAGAUCCCAUAUCAGUGGAAGCGAACAAGAACAAAUAGAGAGCAGUGUAAUACAAGAUAGUGGAAUGACGGGCUCAGGUGGAUCAGUCGUGAGGUGUCUCCUUGAGGAAGCCAUGGGGGACGAAGAAGCCACUAGCGGUGCAUCAUCCCCCCCGGAGAGGGAGCAUUCUCCAUCAUCCUCUGAAAGGUCUGAGGCACUGAAAGUCGGAUCGGGCCACACAUCAGGACACAGCUCAGGCGAUGAGAUUGAAACCACGACAUCGUCUGAUAUUGAAGUUAUUUCCAGCCCAAGCUUGGAUGGAAGCACGGUCGCACGAGGAUCGGCAGCAGCAUCAAGAGUUUGGGCGUCCGCACAAAGAGGACUCCGAAGUUUCCUCAACGACAGAUCUGAAUCACCUGCAUCAGAUUCUUCUUCCAACAACAAGAAGAACAACACAGAGAAAGCGGAGACGGUCCCUUCAUCCAUGACCACUAGCUUCACCAGCAUCAGCGAAUCCGAAGGAGAGCCCUAUACCCCUCUGGUCCUGGGCGACCUCAAUAGUCUCGAUCAUUCGCGCAUCUCUCAGGUGCUCCACGACUUGCAGCACUUUGAGAAAGGCCAUCGUCGUAACCAGUCAAAUCUCUCAGAAACAAGCGAGAGUUCCUCAGAGCCACAUUCCCCGGAGGUUGAAAAACUCCUCAAGAAAAUCUCGCAGUUAUCCGAGAUACUGGAAGCUCGAGAGACAAAAUUGAUGGAGUUGAGUCAAGUCAAUGCGGCAUUACAAGAUACAAAUUUACGCUUAAAAACUAACAUCGAGGAACUGGAAGGAGGAGGAGGCACAGACGCAACUGAGUCCCUGCGAGAGGAGUACACACAGCGCUUGGUCACCAUGGAGAGGAAGUUCCAACAGGCACUGCGAGAAAAGGAGGCCAUCAAGAAACAGCUUGAGGAGGUCCGAGCAGAGGCAGCAACACGACUCAGCUCCUCAGAAGUGGCCCGGGAACGCGAGGAGAGGGACACUGUCAUCCAGGAACUGCGCGAGGAAGGCGAGAAACUCAGCAAGCAACAGCUCAACUACUCCAACAUCAUCAAGAAGCUCAGGGCCAAGGAGAAGGAGAGCGAGACGACCAUCAAGACUCAGAAAGACAAGUUAGAAGAGCAGUCAAGAGAACUAGAGCGUCUGAGGAAGCAACUCUCUGCCAAAGAGGAGGUGGAGAGACGUCAGAUCGAUGCCGUCUGUCAACUCAACACCAACAACCAGCGACUGGAGCAGCUGAUAAAAGACACCAAUGCGGAGAAUGCGGAACUCGAGGGCAAGAUGUCCGUCUUGAAGACUGCUUUGGAUACUGCCUACAAGGAGAUGGCAGAACUGCAACGGGCGGCGGCAACCAAAGAUGCAGAAGCACAGGAGCAAGCGUUGAGUGCAGAAGUCGCAGCAAGAAAGCAGAUAGAAGCCGCUUUAGCCGAGGCACAAUCGCAGGCCCGCAGGGAGCAGGAGGCACUCAUGGCUCAGGUUUUGGAGUUGCAGGACACGCUAAGCAGAGCAGAGAGUCAAGCAAACAGGAAAGAGAGACAAUUAAGAGCGGACAUAACAGAACUGCAGCAGAGGGUGUCAGAAGCGGAAAGCCGUGCAGAGGAAUUGUCUGGUGCCGUGAGUGCCGCGACAAGACCAUUGCUGCGGCAGAUGGAGAACUUGCAGUCAACCCACGCCACUCAGCAGUCCACGUGGGAGAAUCUGGAAGCAACUCUGACCCGACGGCUCAAUGAAGCACAGACAACUGCUGCAUCAAGCCUCGAGAAGGAAAGAGCAGCCCGAGAUCAGUGUUCCGAGAUGGGUGCUAAAGCUGCCGCUCUGCAGACACAGGUGGCCAACUUACAAGCGGAAAACACAAAGCUCUCUUCCGAGCUGGAAAUCCUCACUUCUAAAAUGAACUCACUGGCGGAAACGCGAUCAAAAGAGAGCACUCAAAUACUAGCCCUCAAGACAUCCUUCGCUGAUGAAAUAAGGGAAGUAAAACGCGAGAGGGACAGCCUGGAACAGCAACUUGAGAUAGAGAAGACCGCGUUAACGGCAGAGAAAAAGAAGACAUCAGCCCUUCAAGAGCAGGUGAAAGAACGCGACCGCAAGCUAAUUCAGGCCACAAGCGGUGCAGGGGAGAGCCACACGAGCACCCCACGCUCUUCACCCACACCGUCUCUGUCUCGUCUCUCCAUGACCGGGUCCCUGAACGAGUCUUUCUCUGGAUCUCAAUGGGGGGAUGAAGUGUUCGAGUCAGGUUGGUCUCGAGGAACAUCCCUCUAUGAAUCCAUGAGAGGAAAUGCGACUGCCACAGUUGAGGCUCUUACCUCACAGCUACGACAGAGAGAAGGAGAAGUCCACCACCUUCACAGUGAAGUAACAAGGUACGAGGCUCAGCGUGAGUCCCUAGCGCAAGAGCUUGUCUCAAUGACGAGGCAGAUUGAAACACUUCAGACCAAAGUGCAGGACUUUGAGAGACUCAAGGCACAAUAUACAGACAUGGAGCAAAAAUACAAUGCUCUGCUACAGAUGCAUGGAGAGAAGGUAGAGGAGGUGGAAGAAUUACGUCUUGACUUGGCAGAUGUGAAGGAGAUGUAUAAGGCGCAGAUUGAUGCCCUCCUCAGACAAUAAAACAGACUAGUUGAAAAAGCUAACGAAGCCGCGAAGGGAGUGGCCGAUAUCAUUCAGUUUCUCAGUGCAAUAUAACACAUACCAUCUUUCCACCUUGUAAAAAAAAAAAAAAUAAUUAUGCUGUUUAGCUUGGUCUUUUGAUCAGUCAGUUGAAGACACAUAACUGGUUGUGUACGCACGUUGAUUUCAUAUUGACUGUGUGCCAUAAUUCACCAUGAGAGUUUACACCAAUUUUUUGUCUUUUUUUCUUUUUUCUUUUCUUUAUUUUUUUUCUAUUGUUGUUUAAUUUGUUUUCUGUUGUUUUUUCCCUGUAUAUACUUUAAUGCCCUAGAGAACACAGUUGUGCACAGUUUGAUUGUAUAUUUUGAUACUAUGUAUAUAAUGAAAUAUUUAUUUGUUUUUUUUAUAGUUAUGUAUGACGUUGUUCUAUUAUCAGCAACAAAAGAAUCGGCUGUCCUCAUAUAUUGGUAGACUUUAAGAUACUCUUUAGCAUGUUUUUUAGAUAUAUAUAU